CAAUAUUUUUAUUUUUAAUCUUUUUAAAAAUGUUAGUCAAUUGUACUUUUUCAUACAUUUUCUCUUCCAAUUCACAAUAUACAACACAUUUUUUUCAUACAUUUUCUCUUCCAUACACCGUUCUUGGAAAGUUUGUGAUUAAGCUAUACUCUUCUGUUUCUAGCAUCCAAGUGAAUCAACGUAGUCAUACAAUGUUUAUAUCUUGGUAUUGCUUUCAAACCUCCUCCCUUUUCUUUAUCCAUUCAGGAACCUUACAAAAAUCUACUUUAUCACGGGAAAUAAACAGUCCAGGAGCAAGUGCUUACUCUUGUCUCAUUCUCACUCUAGCAACUUCUCUCUCUGCAGCUUCACGCUCAGCUCUCCACCGAGCCUCUUCUUCUUCUGAGUUAACUCCCUCCCCAGCCUAUAAGUUACAUGUUUUAAAUGUGAGAGCUGGCAAAAGAUCCAGAGGAAACUGUAGGAUGAUGCUACAUAAUGCGAUAGCUACGUACCAGUAGAUGACCAGGUUCAUAUGCACGUAUGAGAUGCAAUUUAGUAUUACCCCAUCGAAGCCAACAAACAGGCCCUCAGCAGUCUCAUCAGCAAUACUCAUCUACACACAAUACGUUGCAGACAAUUAAGUGUUUAUAAAAUAUAUUGUUGCCUCUGUGUGUGUUUCUUAAUUCCAAAUCUAAUAAAAGGUAAAGGAUCCAAUAUACCUUAGCACACCAACAACAUUAGUGUUGUUUCAGGCCACACAAGACACAAGUGAAGGAUGAUACAGUCCGCUAAAGCUUCUUUGUACACAUGGAGAAAGAGACGUAACACCAGCCUUUGUCCAUCUUGAUCCCAGUGCCCCUUCCAAUCUUUAUUGCCGGGGACAGAUAGAAAAGGAAAAUAAAUCUGGAGUCGCAUAGUAUAAUGAGUCAAAGGAGGAGAUACAGAGCCCCUCACAAAGGAGGAGAUGCAGCACUGAGUCGUUGGAGGCCCAGAGGGGAGGCAGAGACGCAGCGGCAUCGAGACAGGUCCUAGACGGCGUGAGAAGCAGCACUGGAGAUGGAGGCGUCCGUGAGACUUCAACAAAGAAAGAAAAGCUUGAUGAAAAAAAGAUGACCUAUCGGUUUGAUUCAACAAAACGCAGAGUUUAGUAAUAGACUCUGACCUCUUAUUGCUGACGUGGCGGAAAUCUGACCUCCUAUUGGUUGAUUAUUAUUGAGGACGUGGACAGCAUGAGAGGAGCUCUUAUUCAACUUUUAGUAUUGUAUUGAUGUGCUUUAGGCCACCAAAUUAAUAGGGACGACACUGGUUAUGGCUGUCUAUGUAUAGCGAAGAAAGUAAAGAAGUAAAGAAGACAAAGAAGAUCCAAAGGUGGCUGUGCUGAAGGGGAUCUUGGGAUCACUUGGAGUUGAAGAUAAGGCGCUUGACCACAUCAGAACAGAAGCAUACAAAUUACAAAGAGAAGAGAAAAAACAGUGAAAAAAGGAGAAGAGAUGAAGAGAAUGAGCUUUUUAGGUUAUUGCAUGCUCUUAACUCGAAUCUGUUUUGGAAGAAGUAUACGGUCGUGCGACGAUAUCUAGAAGGAUAAUAAAUUCUCUUCAUUAGAGCAACGAAUUGGUUCUUCACAUUUUUAUAUACUUUUUCCAUUAAAUUCUUUCCAAUAAUAUUACUACAAAAUCUACCAAAUAUUGAAUAACAUUAGAAUUUAAAGAAAUUAGAAAAUUGAUAUCCUUAAUCCAAUAACACAAGAUUUUGAAAGAAUUGAAGAAAUUGAAUAACACUAUAAUUUAAUGGAAACUAUAAUUCUUUUAAAUUAUAUCAAACUUCUAAAUCCAAUACCCAAAAAUUUUACGUUUAAAGCUUAAUAUUACUUGAAAAGUUACAUAACUCUGGAUCUAGGGUUUCUGCCUCUCGCAAUUAGAACUUUGAAAAGCCGCAAAAACACCUAAUUUCACCCAAUCAACAACAGAUUCAUCGGAGAAGACGAAGAAUUAGGUAUUUUUUUUCAUCAUCCGUACUUACAGAUAUAAACAUUGAGAGACAAAAAUUCUUAAAGGAAAAAAGAAACUAAAGUUCCAUCCUUUUUACGGGAUGGCUGAUGCUGAAGUGGAGAGAAGAAUGAGAGGUGAUACCUGCACGAUUAGUACUCGACGACGUACAUAUAGGAGGAUUGAGAGCAAAGCUGGAUCUAGUCGAUCCCCUGAGGAAUCAUACUUGCAGUUUAUCAAGAUCGAAACCAAAAACCCUCCCACUAGUAUUCCAUGCUCUUCUUCUCUGACCAGGAGGUUUUUCGACAGACCCUUGGACUCCAAGUGCUUUAACGUUGGAGUUGGAGCCUUGGAUCAAUUAUUUAUCCGUGAUGGCACACUUGACAAGCUUAUAUGGAAUGAUAAUUGGUCUGUUGAUGAAACCGUAUCUUUUUUCCGUUAUCCUGCUGAUAAGAAGUUGCCUUCGCGGUGGUCUCCUCUAGGUUCCUUCUUUGUCUCAUCUAACUACAACUUGGUCAUUAUUUGGGGCUCAAGAUAUUAUACGGACUUUGGCCGCCUCAUGCGUUUUAAUCACUAUCAGGUAGAAGAGUUUGAUAUUUCCCCAGGUGAGAAAUACCUAGUAACCUAUAACAGACCAGACCCAACUGACCCAAAUGGACUCUGGCUAAAGAUUUUCGAUGUGAGCACUGGGACAGGAAUCGUUGGACUAAAUAAUGCUGAUGUUGCUGACUCCCCCCAGUGGCCUGUGAUAAGAUGGGCUGGGGGUAAGGAUGAUACAUACUUCGCCACGCUUAGCAAAAGCAACACUGUAUCUGUCUACGAGACCAAGACUUUCAACCUGUUGGGCAAGGCACCGCUGAAACUUGAUGAUGUUAUAGAUAUUUCUUGGUCUCCCACAGAAGCUGUGCUUGCAAUACUGUGUGGCGAGAAGCCUCUCAAGGUUCUUCUGUUGCAAAUCCCCGACGAGGUGAAGCUGGCAGAGAAGGAAAUUACCGCUAUUGUUGGCGACUGCAAGAUGCACUGGCAGAGCAAUGGUGAGUACCUUGCUGUCAACACUUAUGGGGGGUUUGAGUUUUUCCGCAUCAAAGAGAAAGGCAUACCCACGGAUUUUCUCAAGGUGGACAAGAAGAUCCUGGCUUUUGCGUGGGAACCUAGCGGUCACAGAUUUGCUGUGAUUUACGGAGACGAACCAACCCUAUCUGUCAGUUUCUACUCGAUGAAGACACCUGGAAAGGUCACAGAGCUUACUACUUUGAGCAACAAGCAAGCAGAUUCCCUCUUUUGGUCGCCCAACGGCAAUCUCGUGGUUCUUGCUGGAUUGAAAGAGGGCAAGCUUGAGUUUUUUGAUGUGGAUCGGCUUGCUCAAAUUUCCUCAGUUGCAAACGUGAAGGCCAACCAGGUUGUUUGGAAUCCAAGUGGGAAAUAUGUUGCAACGGUGUCUACGAUACCACAAGAGGAGUUUGAUAGUGAUUGGUGCAGUGAUCCAAAUGACCCUCUUGAUAGGUUUACUAUCUGGUCCUCCGGUGGAGAUUGUCUUUUUGUUCAUCAGUGUCAAAAUCGCAUAAUGCAGCUUGAUUGGCGCCCUUACGGAGGAAUCAUAGAUGAUGACAUGGUUAAGACGCAGUGAAGAAGAAUGCUUUACUGUUUAUGCAAGUAUUUAAACUUUUUAUGUUAUUUGUCAACUUCUCUGCUAUGUUUGGUUUUGGCUUUCGUUUCCAAGAUCUCUCUAGUAACUUGUUUUUUCUUAUUUUUGUUAGCACUCCAUUAACUUGUUAUAAAACUACUAUUUGGUCCAAUAGAGGUAGGAAGAUAAUGCCUUUGAAUGUUUAGCACA